AUGACUUCUGAGGACUACACAAUGACAAAGUUCGAAGACUAUUAUUGGUUAGUCGAAGGCUUGGGAAGAAAACCUAUUCAACCACAAUAUAGUGGUACUUUUGUUGCAUUAUGCAUGGAACGCAGGACGAAAUUGUUGUAUGCUGUUAAAGGGAUACAAAAGAACGUUACAAAACUUGAUAGACUUAACAUUAAACAGUUGACUUCUCAAGGAAAGGAAGAUAUAAGUCAUUUGUUGAAGCUUGAUCAUCAAAAUCUGGUGAAAUUGAAGGAAGUUUUCGAAACAUCUUUCUCAUGGCAUAUAGUUGUUGAAUUUGCAAGUGGUGAAGAACUCUUCCAGAGAUUAACUAAAUUUCCUGUGUAUAACGAAAAAACAGUUCUUCAUUAUUUCAGACAAGUGGUUGAUGGUAUCAGAUACUUACAUGAAUAUGGAAUUAUUCACAGAAAUUUAAAACCUGAAAACAUACUGUUGAGUACCAGAGACAGUGAUGCGAUUGUAAAAAUUACUGAUUACUCUCCUCAAUUAUUUACAACUGCUGAUUUAGAUUUAGAGUUGGUAUGCUUGACGGCAACAUUUUGUGCACCUGAAUUAUUAUUAAGUAGAUGUUAUGAUAAAACUAUUGAUUUAUGGUCACUAGGUAUACUUUUGUAUAUAAUGUUAUGUGGAGAUGAUCCUUACCAAUUGAAAUCUGGUAGUGAUUUAUAUCGUGCUAUACUUCACUGUGAUAUUGAGUUUAAAUCUACUUCAUGGAAAUCAAUUAGUUUAAAUGCUCAAGAUGUUGUGAAACAUCUUUUAAUGGUAGAUCCAAAACUAAGAAUCAUUACACCACAUUUACUGAAUCAUCCAUGGUUUAUUAUGGUUAAUGAAAAUGAACAACAUUUAGAUUCAGUACAAGAGAAACUAGAAUAUUUUAACAAACAACGUUCAGAAAACUAUUUCAAUAUAGAAUAUGAACAAGAUUGGAUAACAUGUGAAUAUAUGAAGUUACCAAGAAGAAGUAAAGAAACAAUUCAAACGAAGGCUUAUAAUGAAAAUGUAGAAACCGAAACAUUAAUGGAUGAUAAGAACUGUAAUGACAACGUAUUACUUGAAGAUACAUCAGAGAAUGUUCAACCAAUUGAACAAAAUGAUCCAAAUGAGAUGAAUGAAUUAAUUGAUACAACUUCUGAACAAUUAAGAGCGAACUCAUUAAAGAAUUUACUUCAUGAAUAUCAUUUAUUAGAUGAUCAAUAUUCAAUAUUCAGUGAAAAUGAUAUACAAGGAAUAAAUCAAGAAAAUUUAGAAUUAGAUGUUCAAAAUGAAUUAGUUAAUGAAGAGUAA